UUUAUGGAGCGGUGGAAAAGCCAACAAGAGACGCAAUUGCACGGCAAGUGGCAGAGCAGAGCAGAGUGGAGCAGAGCACCGGCACAGAUAACUAAACGGCACUAAGCUUCUGUUUGAUUUACGGAGGAGGCUGUGGCCAAGUUCAGAUAAGGAGUCCAACCGGUCGGCUGGGGGAUUCAUAUUUAAGUGCGAAUCAGGCCAGGGUGCUCUCAAGUGUGCGCGUAGCAUCCAAGCGAACACACUGCCAGGAUGUCGAGCGCCACAGCAGAUCUACGAUUCGGCAUCACAGACUUUGUGGUCUUCACCAUCAUGCUGAGCGCCUCGGCCGGCAUUGGUGUGUACUUUGGCUUCUUCUCGAAGGCCAAGAACACCACGGAGGAGUAUCUGCGUGGCGGCAAGAAGAUGCAGACCCUCCCCAUUGCCAUCUCCCUCGUGGCCAGUCAGCUAUCGGGCAUUGCCAUCAUGUCCAUUCCCGCCGAGAGCUACUCGUUUGGCUUCAAUUACAUCUUCGUGGUGCUGGCGAUGGUGCCAGUCGUUCCCAUUCUGAUCUACAUAAUUGUGCCCGUGUUCUACGAGAAUAAUGUCUCCAACUGCUAUGAGUACCUGGAGAUGAGAUUCAAUAAGCGCACGCGUCAGCUGGUCACCAUGGCUUUUGUGUUGAAUUCCUUUCUCAUGCUGCCCGUCUACAUGUUCAUUCCAUCGCUGGCCUUUUCCCAGGUGACUGGCAUGAAUAUUCAUCUGAUCAACAUUAUGGUCUCCUCGAUCUGCAUCUUCUACACUAUGUUGGGCGGCAUCAAGGCGGUGGUGUGGACGGAUGUGGUGCAGGGCGGCAUCAUGCUGCUCUCAGUGAUUACUGUGGGUGUGCUGGGCACCCUCCGAUCGGGUGGCCUAGCCACUGUCCUGGAGAAAGCCACUGAAGGUGGCCGAAUGGAUUUAGACUUCAGACUUGAUCCUCGCAUUCGUUUGACCUUCUGGAGUGCCAUGACUGGUGGCAUAUUCAUGUGGACCGGCCACAUUGGCUUCAAUCAGAGCUGUGUGCAGCGCAUCGUCUCCCUGCCCUCGUAUUCCCAUGCCAAAAGAUCUCUGAUCAUUGCGAGCGUGGGAUUCAUCCUUAUCAUGUUGUUCAACACCUUUGCGGGAAUCAUCAUGUUUGCCCGCUACUACGGCUGUGAUCCCAUUGUGGCUGGUCUCGUCAGCAAACCGGACAAGAUGAUGCCAUUCUUUGUGCAGGACAUUAUGGGACAUUUGGCCGGAAUGCCCGGUGUGUUCAUCUCCUGCGUCUUCAGUGCAGCCCUCAGCUCGCUUUCGGCCACCCUAAACUCUCUGGCGGGUGUCGUCUACUUUGACUACAUCAAGCCACACAUCCGGCACACGGAUGCCCGUGCCAAUGGCAUCAUGAAACUGGUGAUCAUCGCGAUGGGCGGCUACUGCAUCCUGGGCGGUUUCAUUGUCCAGAACUUCAACUCGAUUCUGCAGACAGUUGUGACCAUCACCGGCGUCAAUACGGGCGCUGUGGUGGGCGUAUUUCUGCUUGGAAUGUUCGUGCCGCGCUGCAACAGCAAGGUGGCAGUGUCCAGCAUUUUGAUCAGUGUGGUGGCCAUGGUGUGGAUCAUCAUCAACGGACAGAUGAACUUCAAAGCGGGACUCAUCAAGUACCAAGUGCUGCCAAACUCCCUGGACCAGUGCGAGGCGCAAGGCUUCCACAUGAUCUUGGAUGCCAUCAACCAAACUGCCAUUAGCCUAGUCACACCCAAACAUUCAGGUCCUCCGGCUCCAGUCACAACUGCCUUUGAGAGCAAUCGGGACUUUUCGCUCUACGACAUCUCCUUCUACUGGUACAAGGUCGUGGGUGCGCUGCUUGUCUUUGCCUGGGCAGUGCCCAUGAGUUAUGUCUGGCCACAUGACCGCCACGAAAAGCAGAACCCAAAGCUAUACUCUCCCUUCGUGCGAAAGUUCCUUAAUCUUUCGGACUCGGAACACGAAAUGGAGGAGGUGCCGCUGAGGAAAACGACUGUCAAGGAGAUUCCCGAACUUCGAGUAGAUGCAAAAGAAAAGGAAAAGGAAGUUAGCCUUGAAUAUUGAUUUUAGGAAAAUAUUUUAAUUUAAAAUUCGGUGAAUUUAGUGCAA